UCGUCAGGAACGAGCGCCGUUACGUCGGAAGAGCAGCACGAGCCGGUAUGCAGCGGGUUUAUUAGAAAGAAACCCCCACAUUAAUCCGCUCGAUAUAGAUAAUAAUAAUAACGCGAGAGUUUGCAAGUUGCCUCAAGACUGUAGUUGCAACUGUCAAAGGUGGAGUGGAUACGCGCAUGACCCAACACACAUUACUGUAAUACUGUACACGGCCGCCAAGAUAAUAUCCGUAUAAAAAAACCGAAAUAAUCCCGAGGUAAGGAACCGAGGAGUGUACCGCCGGCGACACGGAAUUUGUCGUUUCUGCUGAUUUUCCGUCGCUUCGUUUUCUUUGACUCUAAUCAACUGUGUCGUCGCCGUCGAAAUUACUGCACUAAACAUAUUUUUGUGCCUCCCUUUAGCUCCAGCCAGCGCAAGGAUUUUUUUUUUUACUCCUCCUUCGUAAUAAAGUCGCCAUUUUGCUUCACUGCCUAUAUAAACCAUCCCGUAUUCUAAUAUUUUUCCUCAAGGAGUCGGGGACAUAGCUAUCUUUUCCUGGCUAUUUCUGACAUAUGUGGAGUGUUUAGGAGAAGACAGAGGUUGAAGAAGUGCCUCGUGGUAUACAUAUUAAUGCAGGAAAGGAGGGGGCAAGGCAACUGGAAACUGGGAAUAUGGUGAAAGUCUCCAGGAUUUCUUUUCAUGUGCAGGCUAUACUGUAAUUCGUCUGCCCAGCUCUUUUUUCUUCCGCCUCGACGUCGUCUGCAGAGUGGGGGGACAGGACGACUACCCGCUUCCCUCCAGGCCCCCCAGAGCAGAUCUGACCGGUGUUUGACGCACAGCAGGUGUGAGUGCCAUGUAACAUAACAUUGGUGGAAAAACGCCCACUUAGGUGCCUGUCUCCUGACCCCUUCCUCCCUCCCUCACGUGGGUGACCCGGGGCCACCCGGCCCCUAGUGCUGGGUGACUGCCCGACAGCUCAGGCAUGGAGAACCCAAGUGGCCCAAGGCUUGGGAAGCUGUCCUCAUCAGGGCUGCCAAGGAGCCGGACCCUCAAACAUGGACAUCCCCAGGAGCCUGUAAGAACCACGCCAGGCCCAGAAAACAACAACAAACAUAGUCCUGUGUGUGAUGAGCCAGUGGAGGGCAAGAGGAAAGGUCGUCCUAAAGCAGAAGUGCAGGAACUGAGAAGCAUCCCUGCUCAUAUGAUAGUACAAUGGAAGGAAGAGUUUAAACGUCGCUCCAGGGUUAAGUGUCCAUGUUCAGGCUGCUGGUUAGAGUUUCCCAGCAUCUAUGGCGUCAAGUACCACUAUCAGCGCUGCCAGGGGGCCACCGUAGCAGAGAAGCUGAGUCAUGGCUGUCCCUACUGUGAGGCAGUGUUCGCCACAAAGGUUCGCCUGCAGAAGCACAAGCUAUGGAGCCACCCAGACCGUGUUAGUAUGGAGCCCAAGGACGAGCAGUCAAAGCUACAAAAGACCUCUGUCAAAUCCAGCAUCAAGAAAAGGCCUAUGGAGAACAGUCCCCCCUCUCCAGUGUUCUUCAAAGUGAAAAAGACCCACGAGGUGUCCAUGCCCUCACAGAAUGGGGAACUAGCCCAUCGGAAGAGUGACAACAAACAGCACAUGCACAGCCAGCCUUCACAUCAGAUUCACCAGUCACAACCAGUUCAGCUACACUCUCAGCAGUCGCAGUCACAAAGCACGUCUUCUGAUGCAGGGGGCAGUGAAAGCGAGGGUGGCAGUCUCCCCCCUUCGUACCCCGAUGAAGACCCUGAGAGAAUGAAGCACAGACGGAAGCAAAAAACGCCCAAGAAAUUCACUGGAGAACAGCCCUCUAUUUCUGGUACAUUUGGAUUGAAAGGCAUGACUAAGGUGGAGGAAAAGCUGAAGGCGGGCCGUGUGAAAAGACCAGAGGGGAGUGGGCCCAGUGAUGAGCCUCAGAGAAGACCUGCUGGAGGCUUUUCUAAGAAGGAUUCAGCCACAACCAGCUCUGGUAAACACUCAGGUCUGGUUCCUGACACCCAGUGGCAGCGAGCCAUUUCAGAGCGAGGUGAAGUGGUGUGUCCCACCUGCUCCAUCGUCACCAGGAAAACAGUCCACGGCCUAAAGAAACACAUGGAGAUCUGCCAGAAGCUCCAGGAUGCCCUGAAGUGCCAGCAGUGCCACAAACAAUUCAGGUCCAAGGCCGGCCUCAACUACCACACUAUGACUGAGCACAGCUCCAAGCCCUCAGGGAGUGAAGACCAGACGGGGGACGAGCAUGAGGAGAGGGAAAGGCUGCGCAGAGUACUCAAACAGAUUGGACGAAUCAAAUGUCCUAGUGAGGGCUGUUCGGCCCACUUCUCCAGUCUGAUGGGCUACCAGUACCACCAAAAGCGUUGUGGAAGAGAGUUUUCUGAUGAUGAGAAGCCUGUGUUUCUCUGCCAGCACUGUGGAAAAUCCUAUCGCUCCAAGGCCGGUAGAGACUACCACGCUCGUACCGAACACUCCCCAGCCAUCAGCACCGCGAUUGCAGCUACCACCAACAUCAAGGAUAACAUCACAGACACCAACAACAAUACCGGCAAAGAGCGUGUGUCUGAGGAGUUUCCAUCAGGAUGCAAAAAGGAGCACAGCCAACCUGAGAAGAGGGAAUGGCAGGACAAAGCACCAUCCAUCCAACCGAAGGAAAAGGAGAGGGAGGCUAUGGAGAAGGACAGGGGAAAAGAAAAGGAGAGCGAAAAGGAAAGGGAGCGAGACAAAGAAAAACCAACUCAGAACGACAGCCUGGGGGAGGACUUUGAAAGGACCCCCAGUGGCAGAGUGAGGCGUAGAUCAGCCCAGGUGGCUGUGUUCCACCUGCAGGAGAUAGCAGAGGACGAGCUGGCCAAAGACUGGGGCACAAAGCGUCGCAUCAAGGAUGACCUGGUACCCGACAGCAAAAGGUUAAACUACACCCGACCUGGCCUCCCCAACUUUAGCCCUGAGCUACUAGAGACGUGGAAGAGCCAAGUCAAAGAGAAGGGCUUCAUCUGCUGCACCAAUGAAAACUGUGAAGCUGUUUAUUCCAGUGUGUCAGGACUAAAAGCCCACUUUGCCAACUGCAGCCAGGGUGGGGGAGAGCUGGGGAAGUACACAUGUCUCAUCUGUCAGAAGGAGUUCAGCUCAGAGAGUGGUGUCAAGUACCACAUCAGCAAAACACACUCACAGAACUGGUUCCGUGCAGCCGCUAGUCAGGUGGUCUCCAGUAGCAAGAGCAAAGCACCAGAAAACAAUGGGAUCAAAGAAGAGGUGAGGAACGGUGCCACCUCUGGUAAGAAGAGGGGUCGCAAGCCCAAAGAGCGGCCCCCUGUGGUUGAACCUCUCCAAACAGAAACUGAAGCACCUACCACUACUCAAGACUCAACUUCUGAUGACACCUCUUCCUCUGCCCCACCACAGUCCCCCACCCAUAUCUCUGACCCAACGGACAGCAUUUAUUCAGGCCAAAAUAGACAGCCCAAUGCCUCCGCCGCCAGACGAAGCAAACCUAAGAGGCUGUCGUUUUCAGAGUAGCUCUGCAUUUGUCGACCCAGGGGCCAGAGGAGAUGCUUACUAUAGAUGUUAUGCCAGGAAGCUUAAAGACCUUUCUAACUCCACAAGGACUUGGCGCUGAGAAGAAAGCUAAACCAACCAUUAAGAAGUAAAAUCUUUAGUACAGACUUCAAAUCUUGGUUUCAAGACCCCAUGGAUAACAUGUCUACUGUUGCAAAGCAUACUUGUAUAACAGUAGUGUUUUAUUUCUCCAUUCCACUUUUGUCUCCUUUUAAGUCACACAUUUCAGUUUCUGUACUCACAGCAGGGGUGUCUGUAGUGAUCAAAGAUAAAAUCCUGAUUUCUACAUGGAUAGCAUUUUCAAUGCAGAAAUAGUGUGCGAAACAAAUGGAGUGUAAUUCUCUCUAUUACAUGUUGUGCUUGAGAGGUUUAAAAAAGGAUAUUCUAUUAGCAUGGUGAAGUCAUUUAAUUAUAGCUAGUGUUUUCACAUUUUUUUCCACAAAUAUACUGUACUGUGUAGAUAAACAAUAUCUAUAUCUAUAUAUCUAUAUACUCAAAGCAAUGAUGCCAUCGAUCAUUUUCAAGCCUGUCAUGUCCAAUCGGAUCAUGAGCAAUCAGAAUUUUUGCAGUGUGUGCUAAAGUGCAAUGUUGUUUUUAACUUGAUUUUUUUCUCUCUGUUUCUGGUUUAACUUUUGUUUUUCAUGUUUUUGAAUUUCAGUAAGCAAAUGUCACAUAAGCUAAAAUGUCGGUCAGUUGUUCAUGAUAUUCCACUCCUUCAGCUCCUCCUGUGACAAUUAGUUUAAUUUUAUUGCAUCAUGUAAUGAUGAAUUGCAUUGAUCUGCAUUGACAACCAUAACUGUCAAAAAAUUAUUUCCACAGAUUUACACUGAAGUUAAUAAGCAGAGUAUCCAAAAAGAAGUAAGAUAUACGUCAUAUUAUUAUUAUUAUUCAGCUACAGUAAUAUCAAAUAAGGCAUUGUUUGAUUGAUUUUGAACAAAAAAAAAAACUUGAAGUAUGCUGUCUAAAAAAGGACUGGCAACGCUAAAUGUUGGACAGAACGAUGAAUUUUGUGUGAAGCUUGUUGCACCAUUGCAGCACAAUCAAAUAAGUAAAGAUCGUAUUCAAAGACGCCAUAUGACUCUGGCUACUGCUGUAGCUGGAAUCAAAGAGCUGAGGAGAGAAUAAAAAUACUAUCUUUUAUAGAGAGGCUGGCGAAAGUAAGCUUUUAUUAAACAGAAAACCUGCAAAUGAAGAUUUACAUAUAAUAAGGUAUAUGGAUUAAUUCCUGGAUGCUCAAAGUUAUUGCCUUGCACUUUAACCCUUAACCCUUCUAACUCCCCUCUUGUAUUUUUGCACUCCAGGAGUAUUCAACCUAACCUAGUGGCAGUCAGGUACAGGAGUGGGAUCAUAUUACACUCUAAUAAAAAUUAAACUAGAAAAAAAAAAAGCUACAUUUGUCUUUUCCCAGAUAAUGAGCAGCACGGUUAAUUAUUUCUAGUUAGUAUCUUGAAUCCAACAUGACCAAAAAAUUAUGACUCACAAAACAAAGCCAUAACUGGUCUUGUUGAAUUUUUAAGGCUGCUUUUACCACUUUGUUAGAUUAGCUUUAGAGGGGAAAAAAAAGACAAACCAAUAUCUAAAAUUACUUUGAUUUCAAAUCUAAAUGUGUGCAAUCGUGUUGACUAUAACAAAAUUAAAGUAGAUACUUGAAUCCACAGCUAUAUUAAUGAUUUGAGAAAAUGAGAAGUACAGAAAUAUUCCAUUUAUAUUUGCAGUGCAUCUCCAUAAUAAUAACAGUAAAAAUAAUGACUCGCUUGCUUAAAAAGAAACAGAUCUAUUUUAUAUUCUCUUGUGUGUAUUGCCUAGAUAGAAAUCUGAUAGCUUUGAAUAAAGUUGUGAUGUGAGGAUACUGAUGAGAUAAUAAGGGUGCUUUACUUGCCACUCUACCUUAAGGACCUGAAAUGAUUCAAGUCCACUAAUCCAUCCUGCCAUUUUUCUCCCUACAGGCAAGUUCAAUGAAUUUUUGCACCAACAAAUGUCAAUGUCAUCAUUUUAAAUCAAGCACUGAUGUCAACAGAGCAUUUUUCGACAAACAUUGAAUCUGAAAUUUGUAGGCAUGUCCCAGAUGGAGUCAUCCUACGCUGUGACCUUUUCUAUUUUGAAGCAAAGAUAUGAGCUGAAUUUCUCCAUUUUUAAUCAACCGGUGGAGUAUUUUCAGAUGGGGGUGAUUAUGCAUGUGUCUGUCUCUGUUAGUGGGAUGGACCUUUUCCUUCUAUCCAGGUUCAGCUGACAGAGAAGAUAAGUUAGAGAAGCACUGACUGGUCCUCGGACCUUUUCAAUAUGAGUUGUCCAGACCUUGUGUGUGUGUGUGUAUGUGUGUUUAUUAUACAGUUAGCACCUUUGUAAUGACUGGAUGUCAGAAAUGGUAACACUUUUUCGUCAGGUGUUAUGCUGUGGCACAGAAUCAGUUCAUCAGCUGCUUGUUACUUGUUUCAUUAAUAACGUCACAUUGACUGUGUUUACCCAACAAGCUUUGGUGUUGCAAUAUGAUAGUUUAGCACUGCUUUUAACAGUGGGUAUUUUAUAUUUUAUCUCACCCUUUACUAUCUGUCUUCCUAUGAUGUGGAAAACACAUAUCUAUCCCGCAGUGUAAGCUAACUGCAACAUGUUUAGAGAGUACAGCAAUACACCAUAGUUAGCUGGUUUUGUUGGCUUGCUGAUAUUUUGAUAUUGAUGUGUAUUCUCAAAAUUGUAUGGCUUUUUUCAUGCCCCUUUUAUUUGUUUGCUUUGAAAAUGUUUUGUUUUGUUUGUUUUUUGUUUUUGUUUUGUUUUUUUUGUUUUUUUACAUAUUAUGAAAUCCUUAAAAAAGAAGAAAAAAAUUUGUAGACCACAAAAAAACAUUGUAGGCCUAUGUGUCGGCAUACACUGUUAUUUUAUUCAUUUUGAUGAUGCACAUAAAUUGAGCUUUUUCAGUACAUGAUGACAAACACAUUGAGAGAGUCCUUUAUUAUAUCUAUUCAAUAUGGGACAGCAAGGCAUAUGUAUGUGUGUUUGUUUCUGUAUUUAGUGCACUUACUAUACCAUGAAAUAGGCUUGAAAUAGGAGUGUUGUUGGAGCUUUCUAGUUACCUGGACUGUGUGUGGUGUGACUUUUGUACCUGGGGAAACAGCAGGCUCAAGUGUCUUCCCUUUGUCAGUAAUGUUAUCUCCAAAACCAAGGUUAAUCCACGUAGACAGCCUGAGAAUUUUACCCUUUUAUUUGGACAACAGUGGAUUAUUUUGUAUGCAGAAAGUGGCAUCCACCACUGUUGUCGGGGCCAUUGUGAUGAAACUGUUGAGAGUUUUAAGAAAUAAUGUUGUAGCACCUAACUGAUUGUGAUAUAUAAAUAACAGGUGAAAUGAGACUAAUGAUAAAUUGAAGAUUUCCAUAUCUAAAAUUAAGUUGUAUAGUACCUAACAUUGGAGGUUUAACCUCCUUUGAGUCUGAACUGUUACAAUUUUUCCCAAACUUGUUGUAUUUCCUGUGCAUUAGUAUCCCUCAACUAAUUAAUAAAAGUUUGUUGACUAAAUUGU